AUGUUAUUCAUUUGUACGGGUUUGACGGCUGACAUAGAUGAUUGUCUACCAAAAAGAAUCUGUGGCAAUUGUUAUGAUAACCUUAAUAGUUUUUAUGAUUUUCGUUUAGUGGCCAGAAAAGCAGAUGAACAGAUUAGAGAACAUAUAAAUUACAGUAACAAUGAUAAUGUAGUGCUCCCAGAAGAAGAUUUAUUUCCAGAAAUCCAAAUAAAGUUGGAGGAGACUGACAAUGAUUAUGAUGUUAUAGAUGAGCAUUUAACAGAUUUAAAAAUAGAAAGUGGUAGUCAAGAAUUUGAUGAAAACAAAAAUUCUACUACUAAUAUUGAUUUACAACACUUAAAAAUUGAACACCCUGCGAAAGAAAGCUUUGUGAUACCAUUAGAGUGUGAUAUUUGUCACAAAAAAUUCAAAAAGAUUGAUAAACUAGAUAAGCAUAAAGAAAAGCAUCAUUCGAAAGAUAGUUCGUUUGUUUGUAAUAUAUGUUCUGAGACAUUUAAUCAAAGAAUGAAACUUGUUAAACAUUUACUGACUCAUAGUAAAGGAAUUAAAAGCGAAGAAAAUAUCUUAAAUAAAAACCAAAGUGACACAAAUGAAAAUUUCAUAUGUAGAGUUUGUUCUGCUAGCUUUAAGUCAAUGAAUUCAUUAUCUGCACAUAUGCGUAAGCAUGUAAAGAAAGGCAGAGUGUUAGCUUGUAAUUUAUGUGAUAAAAAAUUCACAAAAGUCAGUCAUCUGAAACGACAUGAACUGUGCCAUGAUGAUAACCGCCCAUUCAAGUGUACACUUUGUCCUAAAACUUUUACAAAUCAAAGUUAUUUAACUGAGCAUAUAAAUAAACACAACAACAUUAAACCACAUGGCUGUCCGUUAUGCCCCAAAGCAUUUUCACAUUUGUCAACAUUGACGAAUCAUAUUAAAGUACACAAUAAGGAAAAAACUUAUUUAUGCCCAACAUGUGGAAAAAGGUUUAACUCAAGCACAAAUCUUAACCAACACUUGAAGAGGCAUAUUGGACACAAAUCAUUUGCUUGCAACUUGUGUCCAAAGCAGUUUAUAAGUAAAGGUGAACUAAAGUCCCAUGUCAAAUCUCACACUGGCGAGAAGUCAUACACAUGUGAUCAGUGCAAUGGGAAGUUCACAAAACGCAGUUCCUUAGUCAAGCAUACACUACGUCAUUUAGGUGUUAAGCCCUAUAAAUGUGAUGUGUGCCCAAUGAAGUUUUCCAGUAAAGAUCAUUUGAAGCGGCACUACCGCAUUCACACCGGAGAGAAACCAUAUCGCUGUGAAAUUUGCGAUAAAGCCUUUACACAGAGUAAUGAUUUAGUGAAGCAUCGGCGUUCGCACUUCGGUGAUAAGUUGUAUAAAUGCUUACAAUGCGAGGAGAGUUUUCGCUUACAAACUGAGCUGCGACUGCACGUUUCACAGCAUUAUAUUUCUCAGACUCUAGAUACAGAUCAAGAAACAAUCCUGGAGAAUGGCAAGAGUAAUAUACCCCAGGAAGGACUUACCAAAGAAGAGGCUCAAUUAAGUGAUCUUCUAGACAGAAGUUAA